ACCACUACACCCACAGAGCAGAGAGCAGCUAGCUAUCUAUCCAUCGUGUGAUCGAGCAUCCAUCGUCCCGCACACUGCACACACAAGACAGCGCGGCAGAGGAGGAGAUGGUGAAGAUUCCUAGCCCGAGGAGGCUGUUCAGGAGCCGGUCCAAGAGCACGGUGGGCGGCAUCGGCGGGGUGGACAUGUGCGCCAUGGUGGCCGAGCACGAGAGGAUCGAGUGGGAGGUGCGGCCCGGCGGGAUGCUUGUGCAGAAGCGCCGGGCGCCGGACGACGACGACGUGGUCGAGGCCAUCCUGGUGCGGGUGUCCGCCGGCUGCGGCGGGUGGCAGCACGACGUGUCCAUCGACGCCACCGCCACCUUCGGCGACCUCAAGGUGCUGCUGUCGCUGGCCACCGGGUUGUGGCCCAGGGAGCAGCGGCUGCUGUACCGGGGCCGGGAGCGAGACGACGGUGACCACCUGCACAUGGCCGGCGUCCAGGACAAGGACAAGGUGCUGCUCCUGGAGGACCCUGCCAUGACCGAGAGGAAGCUCCGGUCCACCACCCUCGCGCAGCUCAUGGGGGUGCCCUGCCACUCCUUCAUCCAAGUCUAAGAAAAGAAACACAUCCUCCUGAUCGAUCGAUUUUUCUUUCUUUCUCGCCGGCUGCUCUUGCUUGGGCGAAGAUCGAUCGGUUUCCUUCUUUCUUCAGAGUUUUAUUGGUUUUAACUUUGGGAAACGUUUCCCCACGGUGCACCGGCCGAGCGUUUCGGCCGGUCCCGCGCACGCAGCUCGAUUGGGUAGCGAUCCAGCGCUCCCACACCUCCGGAUCCACGUUGUGUCUUUUUUCCUUGGCCCAUCACGUGACCUUGGCCCACCAUGUUUACUCGGUCAGCUCUUUUUUUCACCAACCGCUCAAGCUGUGGGGUAGGAAAAAUAUCUACAACUGCAGACGGACGGAAGUUGCAUCCGUUUUUUGCUACAAAGACGACAUUUGUUUGCUGCAACUGUUGUUGUCUUUUUGCUACGACCAGCGUGUUUUUUUGCUACAUCCAUUUUUUUAAUGGUGAUGAUUGGUGGCCGGCGUUCGUGCAGAUGACUGGGACAACGAUUUUUGCUACAACUAUCGUCGGAUUUUGUUACAACUGACGAAGAAAUUUGCUACAUUAAUUCAUGGCAGAGAUGCACCCGGGACAACAACAACGAUGAUUUUUGGUUGCAAAUGUCGUUGUCUUUUGCUACCACCAGAGAGGUUUUUGCUACAUCUAUCUUAAUGGUGAUGUUUGGUGGCCAUCAUUCGUGCAACCCGUGCAACGAACAUCGACGGUGGAGAAAAGCUUCAACUAUCGAUUUCUUGCCCAAAUGAAAAAAGCUGCAACCGUUUACAUGAAAGCUUCAACCCUACAUUUAAAAAGCUUCAACCCAUAAACUUUUUUGCUGGAACCAACUACUGUAUUUGUCGUUGAUUCUUUUUUGCUGGAACCAGUGUUUUGUUUUGCUACCACCGACGGCUUCAUUUGCUACCACCGGCGACAUGGUUUGCUACCACCAUAUGCAGCGGCCGGUCGACGUCAAUGUUUUUCUUGCUACAACAGUGUCAUGUUUUUGCUGCAACCGGC